AUGUCAAAUAUUGUUGUGUUAAUCGUCAUUGUCUUGACGUGUAUUUCCACCGAAACCGCUGCCCAAGUGGGCUGUGUUAAUCCGAUGAAAAUGAGCGAACUUCGAGUUUUGAAGUCAAAGAAAUGUAUUAACAUAGCCGGAACAGCUGGUUGUGGAAAGAUUGAUACAAAUCUCUGUGACGGCUAUCAUGAUCAGCAAAUUAUUAUGUGUGAAGAUGGCACGAUGAGGAAUUUAAAAGCUUCUCAUAAUUGUUUUACACCAGGCAAAAACGGAAAGGGAAAUUUGAAGUCAACUUCUUGCGAGGUAUACCCAGCCAUACCUGAUUAUCAGAAGUGGAGAUAUGGAAGGUCAAAAACCUUUGUAGACACAGGAGGAAUUAAACAAGAGGCAAGAGAAAUCAUAAACGUGAAAUCUGGAGCGUGCAUGAAUGUUCAUGGCCGUGGUGGAAAUGGCGACAUUUCUGCAUCUCGUUGCGAAAAUCUGGAUGACCAGUACUUCUACUUCCGCUCUCGUGGUAAGCUGCUGGGACAUGGGAGACUACAAGUUACGAAAUCUGGUCUUUGUCUGGAUGUGAAGGGAGACCAAGGACGUGGCAAUGUUUUAAUAUACAACUGUGAAGACGCUGCUGAUCAGCUUUUUUAUUUCCACGAAAAUGGCGAAUUAGUUAACAAAAAGUCCGGAUUGUGCGUCAAUAUUGGAGGUUAUAGUGGAUAUGGCGAUAUCUCCAUGUACGCGUGUCAAGAUCUGCCUGAUCAAAUGUGGACACGACCGCACCAGUACUGCGUUGGAGAUUACUGUUCGUUCCGGAGUAAGAAGGCAGCGCAGUGCAUAGACGUUAGUGGAAGUAGCGCAAGCAAGGGAUGCAAUGUGCUGACCCACAAGUGUGACGGGGCUCCUGAUCAACGCUUUAAAUGGUUGAAAGGAAAUUGGGUUACACCUAGUGCAACAUGGUCCAUGGUUGGCUGCAAUCAAAACGGUAAAGUUACCCACGCGAUAAGCAACACGAUCAAAUACACGACAAAAAUCAGUAGCAGCAUAUCAAUAUCAGUUAGUUCCACAAUCGAAGCUGGUUUCUUAUUUGGUAGCGCAUCAGUUACUAGAGAAGUGUCAAUAUCGCUCGCAAAAGAGUGGGAAAACAGCCAAUCAGGAACCAGAAAGAUAACUUUCACUUGCCAAAACUAUGAUACAGGAAAGCCAUUCAUACGGGGAUGUAUGUGGCAAUUCCAACUCACUACCAAGGAAACAACGAAAAACGAUAUUUUGACGUGGUCGCCCCGGAUUGUGAAAUGUACGAGCAAUCAUCAAGUGCCAAAAUGCCCUCCAUUUACGAGAUGCAAAGAUGACGCAUGCACAAUGUGUGAAAAACUUCCAGGUGCCCGUAAGAAAAAAAGCGUCGACGAAUCCUUGACAUGGAAAAAAUAUUGA